CCGUUGUGAUUACAUCCAACGUGAUUGGCUGAACAUGGAUCACGUGACCAGCCCACCAGACUGGAGUUUCCACGACAGCUGAAAAGCUGUUAAUGCGUGUUUUUCCCCCCCACCUGUACCGUUGAUCAUUUCUAACUCCUCAGGGGCCUAAUUUUGUAGAAUGGGAGACAAGAAGAGUCCCACAAGGCCGAAGCGGCAGUCCAAGCCGUUCACCGACGAUGGGUACUGGGACUGCAGCGUGUGCACGUUUAAGAACAGCGCCGAGGCGUUCAAGUGCUUAAUGUGUGAUGUCAGGAAGGGAACGUCAACUCGAAAGCCACGACCCGUUGCUCAGCUUGUUGCACAGCAAGUAAAUCAACAGUUCGCAUCGCCGACGCAUCCCAAAAAAGAGAAGAAAGAAAAAUCAGAGAAGGACAAAAGUGACAAAGAUACAACACUGAAAAAGAAAAACCAGAAAAGGAUGAGCAGGCCCAGGUUAAAGAACGUAGACAGGAGCAGUGCCCAGCAUCUGGAGGUCACGGUCGGAGACUUGACUGUAAUUAUCACAGACUUUAAGGAAAAAGUUAAAUCCACAUCUUCCUCAGUGAGCGCCGCCUCAGCAGACCAGCACAGCCAAAGUGGCUCAAGCUCCGACAACACGGAGCGAGGAGUCUCCAGGUGCUCCUCGCCCCGCGGGGAGACUUCAUCGAUUAACGGAGAGACUCACUAGCCCCCCCCACGCUCCCAGUUGGUGUAACACACUGAUCUGCACUCUCCACAGUCUCAGUCAGAGAAUAAACUUCAACAUGCACAUUUUUCUUCAUAUAUAACCUUAAAUGUCAGUAUGAUAGCAUCCACUUCCAUUUGAGGUUGUACAUUUCUCUGCCUUCCCCAUGUUUAACCCUGUGUGAUCGGUUCCAGGCCCUCCUGCAGCUAUCAUGAUGGACUGAAAAUGGAGCAGUAGCAUUAAAACUCGGAUGUCUGUGUGUAGCCGUGCCACAUUUCUUGGUGCUUCAACAGUGUUACAUCAGCGUCUCAGACUGAUGUUGGUCGCUGCACACAAUAAAUAAUUAGGUCAUGGUGGAAAUGUGAAGAAAUCAUCUCAGAAUAAUAGUAUUUUUCUUUUUCUCAACAUAAUUUGCACUUGUUGCCAAUCCUGUUAGUAACAAUUUUUUUGCAUUAUUUUUCUGUUGGUGUUAUAACACUGUUGGUUACCUGCCUCUUCCGGCACACAUUUUAAGCCAUUGAAUGCAAUAACUGUUUUACUGUCUAACAUCUAAAUACAAUUUUACUAAGCAAGCUUUUCCCUCAGUUUGUAGAGACAAGUUUGAUUUAAUCUAUAGAAUGGUUUAUAUUGUAAGAAAUUGAAUAAAAUGAAUUGUAGAUAUA